AUGUCGGACUCGGAGGAGGAGGAGAGUCCGGACCGCCAGCUCAAGCUAGUGGUGCUGGGGGACGGCACCACUGGCAAGACAUCCUUAGCCACACGUUUUGCCCAAGAGACAUUUGGAAAACAGUACAAACAAACCAUAGGACUGGAUUUCUUCUUGAAAAGGAUAAUAUUGCCAGGAAAUUUGAAUGUUACUCUUCAAGUGUGGGAUGUAGGGGGGCAAACAAUAGGAGGCAAAAUGCUGGAUAAAUAUAUUUAUGGAGCUCAGGGUAUUCUCUUGGUUUAUGAUAUUACCAACAGCCAGAGCUUUGAAAAUUUAGAAGACUGGUAUAAUGUGGUAAAAAAAGUGAAUGAAGAAUCAGAAACUCAGCCACUUAUGGCCUUGGUUGGAAAUAAAAUUGACUUGGAGCAUAUGCGCACAGUGAAAGUUGACAAGCACCAACGAUUUUGUCAGGAAAACAAUUUCAGUAGCCAUUUCGUGUCGGCCAAGACAGGAGAUUCUGUCUUCCUGUGUUUUCAGAAAAUUGCUGCUGACAUACUUGGCAUCAAAUUAAACAAAGCAGAAUUGGAACAAUCACAGAGGGUGGUGAAGGCAGAUAUUGUCAACUACAGUCAGGAGCCUGUGACAAGAACCGUUAAUCCUCCUAGAAGCUCAAUGUGUGCAGUUCAAUGA